AUGAUUGAACCUUCUCUGCCCGAUUCAAGAGAGGUCUCAGAUGAAGUGAGGAUUGUCCUGCUGAAAAGAGAAUCGGUGAAAUGGGACGUGAAAAUAUGUCAGCAAAGAUAUAGAAGAAAAGAAGAACCUCGAGAGAUUAAAGAGCAAUACAAAACAGAACAAAAGAACUGGGAGACAAAGAUACAAGAGCAAAGACUGAGAAGAGAAAAAGAUCUAAGAGAGAUGGAAGUACAAUACAAAACAGAACAAGUGAACUGGGAGACAAAGAUACAAGAGCAAAGAUUGAGAAGAGAAAAAGAUCUUCGAGAGAUGGAAGUACAAUACAAAAUAGAACAAGUGAACUGGGAGACAAAGAUACAAGAGCAAAGACUGAGAAGAGAAAAAAAACUUAGAGAGAUUGAAGUACAAUACAAAACAGAACAAGUGAACUGGGAGACAAAGAUACAAGAGCAAAGACUGAGAAGAGAAAAAGAUCUUAGAGAGAUUGAAGUACAAUACAAAACAGAACAAGAGAAUUGGGAGACAAAGAUACAGGAGCAAAGACUGAGAAGAGAAGAAGAACUUAAAGAGAUCAAAGAAAAAUACAAAACAGAACAAGAGAGCUGGGAGAUAAAGAUACAAGAGCAAAGACUGAGAAGAGAAGAAGAACUUCCAGAGAUUGAAGAAAAAUACAAAAUAAUAAUAAAAACAGAAGAAGAGAACUGGGAGACAAAGAUAGAAGUGCAAAGAAUGAGAAGAGAAAAAGAACUUGGGGAGAUUGAAGAAAAAUACAAAAUAAUAAUAAAAAAAGAACAAGAGACCUGGGAGACAAAGAUACACGAGCAAAGACUGAGAAGAGAAGAAGAACUUCGAGAGUUUGAAGAACAAUACAAAACAGAACAAGUGAACUGGGAGACAAAGAUACAAGUGCAAAGACUGAGAAGAGAAAAAGAUCUAAGAGAGAUGGAAGUACAAUACAAAACAGAACAAGUGAACUGGGAGACGAAGAUACAAGAGCAAAGACUGAGAAGAGAAGAAGACCUUCAAGAGAUCGAAGCAAAAUACAAAACAGAACAAGAGAACUGGGAGACAAAGAUACAAGAGCAAAGACUGAGAAGAGAAGAAGAACUUCAAGAGAUCGAAGAAAAAUACAAAACAGAACAAGUGAAAUGGGAGACAAAGAUACAAGAGCAAAGACUGAGAAGAGAAGAAGAACUUCGAGCGAUCGAAGAAAAAUACAAAACAGAACAAGUGAACUGGGAGACAAAGAUACAAGAGCAAAGACUGAGAAGAGAAGAAGAACUUCGAGAGAUUGAAGAAAAAUACAAAACAGAACAAGAGAUCUGGGAGACAAAGAUACAAGAACAAAGACUGAGAAGAGAAGAAGACCUUCGAGAGAUUGAAGAAAAAUACAAAACAAUUAUGAAAACAGAAGAAGAGGACUGGGAGACAAAGAUACAAAAGCAAAGACUGAGAAGAGAAGAAGAACUUCAAGAGAUCGAAGAAAAAUACAAAACAGAACAAGAAAUCUGGGAGACAAAAAUACAAGAACAAAGACUGAGAAGAGAAGAAGACCUUCGAGAGAUUGAAGAAAAAUACAAAACAAUUAUGAAAACAGAAGAAGAGGACUGGGAGACAAAGAUACAAGAGCAAAGACUGAGAAGAGAAAAAGAUCUUCAAGAGAUCGAAGAAAAAUAUACAAUAAUAAUGAAAACAGAAGAAGAGAACUGGGAGACAAAGAUACAAAAGCAAAGACUGAGAAGAGAAAAACAACUUCAAGAGAUCGAAGAAAAAUACAAAACAGAACAAGAGAACUGGGAGAAAAAGAUACAAAAGCAAAGACUGAGAAGAGAAGAAGAACUUCAAGAGAUCGAGGAAAAAUACAAAACAAUAAUGAAAACAGAAGAAGAGAACUGGGAGACAAAGAUACAAAAGCAAAGACUGAGAAGAGAAAAAGAUCUUCAAGAGAUCGAAGAAAAAUACAAAACAGAACAAGAGAUCUGGGAGACAAAGAUACAAGAACAAAGACUGAGAAGAGAAGAAGACCUUCGAGAGAUUGAAGAAAAAUACAAAACAGAACAAGUGAAAUGGGAGACAAAGAUACAAGAGCAAAGACUGAGAAGAGAAGAAGAACUUCGAGAGAUUGAAGAAAAAUACAAAACAGAACAAGAGAUCUGGGAGACAAAGAUACAAGAGCAAAGACUGAGAAGAGAAAAAGAUCUUCGAGAGAUUGAAGAAAAAUACAAAACAGAACAAGUGAACUGGGAGACAAAGAUACAAGAACAAAGACUGAGAAGAGAAAAAGAUCUUCAAGAGAUCGAAGAAAAAUAUACAAUAAUAAUGAAAACAGAAGAAGAGAACUGGGAGACAAAGAUACAAGAGCAAAGACUGAGAAGAGAAGAAGAACUUCAAGAGAUUGAAGAAAAAUACAAAACAGAGGAAGAGAACUUGGAGAAAAAGAUACAAAAGCAAAGACUGAGAAGAGAAAAACAACUUCAAGAGAUCGAAGAAAAAUACAAAACAGAACAAGAGAACUGGGAGAAAAAGAUACAAAAGCAAAGACUGAGAAGAGAAGAAGAACUUCAAGAGAUCGAGGAAAAAUACAAAACAAUAAUGAAAACAGAAGAAGAGCACUGGGAGACAAAGAUACAAAAGCAAAGACUGAGAAGAGAAAAAGAUCUUCAAGAGAUCGAAGAAAAAUACAAAACAGAACAAGAGAUCUGGGAGACAAAGAUACAAGAACAAAGACUGAGAAGAGAAGAAGAACUUCGAGAGAUUGAAGAAAAAUACAAAACAGAACAAGAAAUCUGGGAGACAAAAAUACAAGAACAAAGACUGAGAAGAGAAGAAGACCUUCGAGAGAUUGAAGAAAAAUACAAAACAAUUUUGAAAACAGAACAAGUGAACUGGGAGACAAAGAUACAAGAGCAAAGACUGAGAAGAGAAAAAGAUCUUCAAGAGAUCGAAGAAAAAUACAAAACAGAACAAGAGAUCUGGGAGACAAAGAUACAAGAACAAAGACUGAGAAGAGAAGAAGACCUUCGAGAGAUUGAAGAAAAAUACAAAACAAUUUUGAAAACAGAAGAAGAGGACUGGGAGACAAAGAUACAAAUGCAAAGACUGAGAAGAGAAGAAGACCUUCGAGAGAUUGAAGAAAAAUACAAAACAGAGGAAGAGAACUGGGAGAAAAAGAUACAAAAGCAAAGACUGAGAAGAGAAAAACAACUUCAAGAGAUCGAAGAAAAAUACAAAACAGAACAAGAGAACUGGGAGAAAAAGAUACAAAAGCAAAGACUGAGAAGAGAAGAAGAACUUCAAGAGAUCGAGGAAAAAUACAAAACAAUAAUGAAAACAGAAGAAGAGCACUGGGAGACAAAGAUACAAAAAUACAAGAACAAAGACUGA